GCGCAGUGCAAGAUGGCCGGGUCCGCGGACCUGCGCUCGUACAUGCGCGAGACAAGCAGCAGCAGCACACGGGUCCGCGCCGCGCCUGCCAAGGUAGAGUUCCUCCGCAAGCAGUCGAUGCGACCGACGCCCAAGCUCCAGCCCAAGCAAAGACCGAUGCAUCCCCAAGCGCCUGAAGCGCCCAUGCCUGUGCGAUGGCGGUCGGCCAAUGCGCAGACAAUGCGCUUGACACGCUCGUCGUCCUUACCAGCGACCUGCGAGCAGCAACAGCCCGAGCCGACGACGCCGGUCCAGGCCCGCGACGAUCUCUUGCAGGAGUUUGCGACCGCCAAACAGGCCUACAAGACGCUUCAGGACGAGUGGCUCGAGAAGCUCACGCUCCUCGUGGCACGGAUCGAGAAGAGCCACGGCGAGAACAAUGCGACAUCGCCCGAUACGGACGCUGCAUCCCCGACGGCGAACAAUGCCCAGGCGUACUACGAGGCCGCGAUGGCCCGCCUUCAGCGCGACGUCGACGCGCUCACAGUCCAGCUCCAGCAAGUGCGAGCCGGGCGCGCGGCAGAGCUGGAUGCACAACGGCGCCAAGACGAAGAGGCCCAGCGCGGUGCUCGCCAAGAACUUGAAGGCGAGAUCCAAAGUCUCAUGCAAGAGAACCGGGCGCUCGUGCUCGAGAAAGCGUCGUAUCAGCGAGCGCUCGCCGAGGCCAAGCUGCAGCUGCAGCGCCUCGACACGAUCGAAGAAGGACCGGAAGACACCGAUGCGAUCGCGUCGCUGCAAAAGGACAAUGACGAGCUGCGACUGCUGUUGCACCACGCCAACACCAACAUGGCGCGGGACGAAGACACCAUCAUGGGUUUAAAGCGCCAGCUUAAAACCUCCAAGUCCACGCCCCGCGCGAGCAACCAAGACGACGCAUCGACGCCCGUGCGACGCGCACCCAAGACGCCAUCGCCGAAUGCCCUCGUCUUUGGCUAACCCGUCCGUCUGCUAUUUACACUGUAAUAUACAUACUACCCAUUAUAACGGC